AUGGGGAAGACUUCGAAAGAUAAACGUGACAUAUAUUAUAGAUUAGCAAAAGAAGAGGGCUGGAGAGCCCGAAGUGCUUUCAAACUGUUACAAAUUAAUGAAGAGUACAAUAUAUUUAAUGGUGUAGUCCGUGCAGUUGAUCUGUGUGCUGCCCCAGGCAGUUGGAGUCAAGUUUUAAGCAAGAACCUAAGGAAAAACACGGAGAAUGCAAAUGACGUUAAGAUCGUUGCAGUUGACCUGCAGGCGAUGGCUGCGCUUCCAGGUGUAAAACAAAUACAAGGAGACAUAACCAAACUGUCCACAGCAAAUGAAAUCAUUCAAGAAUUUGAAGGGCAAAAGGCUGAUUUGGUCGUGUGCGACGGAGCACCAGAUGUCACUGGCUUACACGAUAUUGACGAAUAUGUACAGUCACAGCUUCUCCUAGCAGCCCUUAAUAUUACCACUCAUGUGCUUAAAACUGGGGGAAUAUUUGUUGCUAAAAUAUUUCGAGGAAAAGAUGUAACAUUAUUAUACUCUCAACUGAAACAGUUUUUUGAAUUUGUCACAGUCACUAAACCAAGAAGUUCAAGAAAUUCGAGUAUAGAGGCUUUUGUUGUCUGUCAAAAUUAUAAUCCUCCACCAGGCUAUGUGCCUACAAUGGUUAAUCCUUUAUUAGAUCACAAAUACUGUGAUUUUAAUCAGUUUACUGGUAUAAACAGAUUUAUUGUUCCAUUCAAUGCCUGUGGGGACAUAAAUGCCUAUGAUUCCGAUACAUCUUAUCCAUUAAUACUGGAGGGACAAGAAUCUUAUGAAUAUAGAGAACCAGUGCAGGGUCCCAUUAAUCCACCAUAUAAAGAUGUUUUAAAUAAGACUAAGAAUUUAUAA